AUGAUCGAUAAUUCUCAGGGUCCAAUCGAGUCUCGGCUCUUCAUCGAUGGCAAGUUUCAACCAUCCUCAGAUGGCAAGACAUUCAGCCUGGUCAACCCUUUUACUGGUGAACCAGCUGCAGAUGUAUACGAGGCCAGUGAAACAGACGUAAACAAAGCCGUCGCAGCAGCCAAAACCGCGUUUCCAGCAUGGAGGGAUCUCUCACCCGCUGACAGGGGCAAAUACCUUCAUAAGAUAGCUUCCCUCAUCCGCGAGCAUGAGCAAGAGUUUGCCCGUUUGGAGGCAUUGUCUUCCGGAAAACCUGUCUCCAGAUACAUCGAUGCGAGCGUGGCAAUCGACACCUUCUCCUAUUUCGCUGAAGCUGGCUGGACGGUUCAGGGAACGUCCAGCUGGAAUACACCGGGACAGCUCAAUAUAACAUCCAGAGAACCGUAUGGUGUGGUAGCUGCCAUCGUGCCUUGGAAUGUCCCCCUUGCCUACUUCGCCAUCAAGAUGGCUCCUGCUCUGGCAGCCGGGAACACCAUAGUCUUGAAGAGCAGCGAGAAAGCACCUCUCACGUGUGUCUUGGGAGCAAAACUAAUCGCUGAAGCCGGCUUCCCACCGGGCGUGGUAAACGUGCUUUCAGGUCAUGGGCCAACCACCGGUGCUGCACUGGCCUCUCACAUGAACGUGCGCUGUCUCAGCUUCACAGGCUCUCUGCUCACUGGUCGGAAAAUCCAGACACUAGCUGCCAUGUCAAACAUGAAGACAGUCCUAAUGGAGCUAGGUGGCAAUACUCCCGCCAUUAUCUUCCCUGAUGCAGACAUAGAAGCUGCUGCUGCGCAGACCCAGUUCAGCGUCCAGGUUUUUAGUGGACAGACUUGCAUCGCGAACUCGCGUAUCUACGUGCAUGAGUCCGUGGCAGAGAAGUUUUUGCCGUUGUUCAAGAGCAUGUUCGGAGCUGCUGUGCUUGGGGAUCCGUUGGAUAAGGAGACGACCCACGGUCCACAGGUCGAUAAGAUCCAGUAUGAGCGGGUCAAGUCGUAUAUUGCUGCUGGCGAGAAAGAAGGCGCGCUGACACUAGGGGGUGAUGCAGAGAGAGGGUACUUUAUUAAGCCGACUGUUAUUGAAAACGCGCCCGAGGAUGCGCAGAUUGUGAGAGAGGAGGUCUAUGGACCUGUAGUGGUAAUUAACACUUUCAAGACGGAGGAAGAGGUCCUCAGAAAAGCCAAUGACAGUGAACUUGGCUUGUAUGCAGCUGUCUUUACAAAGGACAUUGACCGGGCUGUGCGAGUGUCGAAGUUGCUUGAGGCUGGAACUGUCGGCGUCAAUUGUACGAGUCCGUGUAUGCCGAAAGACAUGCCAUUCGGUGGCUUUAAGGCGAGUGGAAUUGGUCGAGAGAGCUACUUGCAUAGCAUGGAGAGCUACCUCGAGACCAAGGCUAUCUUGAUCCAGGCGGGCUCUUGAUGGCUCACUUUAGCCUCCUAGUGCUAUCCAAUAGUGG